GAACUUGUUCCGUAUAUAUUCUUCAGUUUAUAAAGUAUGGAAAAGAUUACCUUACCAGGAACAGAGCUGAGUGUAUCCAGGGUGUGUAUUGGAUGCUGGCAGUUCAAUUCCGGUGAAGAUGAUAUGUCAUGGCCUCCACAAAAAGAAGAGACAUCUAGAGCAAUAGUUGACAAAGCCCUGGAACUCGGAGUUAAUUUUUUUGAUACAGCAGAGGCAUAUGGAAACCAUUGUUCAGAAAAAGUUCUUGGUAAAUGCCUUGGCAAUAGGAGAAAAGAUGCUGUCAUAGCAACCAAAUUUGGGAGUUAUAGAAAUGGAAAGCCAUGUUCCUAUUCCCCUGAAGAUAUAGAAAAGGCACUUACAGAAAGUCUACGUUCUUUACAAACAGACUACAUUGAUCUUUAUCAGGCUCACUGGGCAGUGAAUUGUAAAAACAUGAAAGAGACUGUAGAUGAACUGAAAAGACAACAGUCAAAGGGAAGAAUACGUGCCUAUGGUGUCUGUAAUUUUGGACCGAAAGACUUGAAUGAUGUAUACGAUGCUGAGGGCAGUGUGUGCACAAAUCAGCUACCUUAUAAUUUGUUAUGGCGUGCUAUAGAAGCUGAAAUCAUACCAGAAUGUCUAAAGCGAAAUAUCGGUAUUCUAGCGUACUCUCCAUUGCAGCAAGGUCUCUUGUCAGGGCGUUUUUUGAAACCUGGUGAUGUACCAGAAGGACGUCGACGUACCAGACAUUUUGGAAAGGACAGUACUAAACUUUCAAUACAUGGUCAAAUUGGCGCCGAAAAAGAAACCUUCAAAGCAAUCAGUGAAAUUAAAGAUGUUUGCCAUGAUGCCAGUGUUUCCAUGACAGCGGCAUCAUUGUCAUGGAUACUAGCUCAGCAAGGAGUGUCAGCAGUGAUCGUUGGUGCUAGGAAUGCCCAACAAGUUAUCGAUAAUUGUAAACUAAUCCAGUUAUCCACGAACACGGCCAUCAGUCACAAUUUACUUAUUGUUCGGCAGGCAAUAACAUUAAAUCACAGUGCAAAGGAAGUCCAUACUGGAACAUUCCGAAUUGAUUCCUGCGAAGAAAUCGAAACCCGCGUACGUCCUUUUUCCUUCACAACAGCGUGGUUUCAGAAGCAGGAAGAAGACUAUCAUAAACGUGUUGUAAGGAUUCCGAUGGAAGACGUCGUGCAGCCGAGUGAGGAGUGA